AUGUCUAGAAGAGUUGUGGGAAAUCCAGUUAUUAUCGCAAUUGAUGUGGUUUCUGUUGCUGUUGGAUUAUAUGGUGUUGUCAACGUGCUCAAGCUUGAACUAUCAGAAGAUUUGCAAAAUGCUGGACAUUUCCAAUUCCUUACCAAUUUAUCAUUGAUUUAUACUGUUGGGGUCUUUAUCAUCGGCUUGGUGGGUCACUUGACUAGAUCGUCCUUUUUGUUUGAUCUCAAAAACAAUUUACACCCUGUUGCGUUGGCCCUAGAGUCAAUAGUAGCAAUUGUAUACUGGCCAUUGCGUCUAUUUUGGUUAGAAUUGUUGACAAAGAAUCCAGAAAAUUUCUCUCUUGCCUUGAGUGUUGACUUGUCGAUUCAUUUGAUGCCAGUUGUGUCAUUGUUAAUUGAUUACUUGGUGUUUAUGCCACGUUGGACAAUCAGAAAUAACACAGCAUUGGGGUUGAUUACUUUUCUUACUACUGCCUACUGGUUCUUGUUGAAGUAUUUGGUUGACACUGAGAAUGGUGGAAGGUAUCCUUAUGCAUUCAUGGAUAUGGAAAGCGAUGGAUUGAGAAUGGUUGUAUUUGGUGUUGUUGGCGUGGUUGCCUUUUUGCAGUUUCUCUUUAUGAGAAGCAUUUACGACUUUAUCGUUGCUAAAACUGAACUUGCUGAUAGAGAAAUCGAUAGAGAGUUAUCUAGAAAGAACUUAUAA